AUGAGCAGGAGCAAGAGCAUCUACACGACGCAUCUGAGGAGCGGAGUGGAGGACAAGAAUUUCAAAUACACGGAUAUUUCCCAUGAAUCGGGAACAGCGCUCUAUGUUAGAGUGCUGGCCAAGUGUACCAGCGAGUAUGCGUUUGCGUUGAAGGACGCACUCAGCAAUUCUCAUCUGGCAGAUGUAAUAACAGAGACAGGUCCAGCAGCCAAGAAGAAGACUAUAAAUCUCUACCAGCCAGAAAGUCAAGUGGAACUGGAAUACACGGGUACUAUCAGUUUUGAGUGGUCAGCCCGUUUCGAGGGACACCACCUACAAUGGCACAAGGGUCUUCUCGGUUCGAUAUACUGCUCCCUGAUGCGCAAACCAGAUCCCAGCAUCGAAAUAGCCAAGUUCACUCCUCGCAGUAGGAAGUCUCCUGCCACUUUCACCAUUUUAGACUACAAUAUAGCCCGCAUGGACAUUGACGACAUACGCGGGCUUGAAAUUGUACUUUUUUGCUCAAUUUUCACUUUUAUCGAUAUCAGCAACGAUGACGUCGUAAGUAUACCGCCUAACUCUACUCCACCUACUCCCACCAAUCAAACACCCUCCUCAAACACCCUCAGCAUCACCCCGGAUUUCGAUUUCGAAGCGCAGGUACGCAACACAAUGGCCAUGCUUGACCAGAACUCUUUCAUAACCCUCCACGCACCCGAAUCCGCGGCCGUGCAAACAGCUAUCAGGGUCGCUGAGAGUGCCAAGAGGAGGUACAUGAAGCGCUCUGGCGGACUGCGUAAUGAUGACGACCUCUAUCUGUAUGUCAUAGCAGAUGACCUGGGUAACAAGUACACGCGGACGUCUAAGAUAUACAUACCACCGUCAUCACUCACUAUCCACAUAUCCAAAUCCCAUAUGGCUCAGUUUGAAGCGAGACAGCAACAGAAGGGCGACGUUGCUGAGAGUGUUGAUGGGAGUGCCACUGAGAGUGCUGCUGAGAGUGCUUUUGAGAGUGCUGGUGCUGAUGUUGCUGUUUCUGAUACAGUUGCAGACACACCACAUCAACCCUCUCAAGACCUCGACCAAGGCCCACCUCCACACUCCAAGGCCACCUACUCCACUCCUACCAACUCGCGCACCAGUUUCAUCAACUCGCUCAACAAACUCCGGAGAGGUGUGGCCAAGGUGUAG